CUUCACAGUUUCCAUUUCUUCAUGUCCUAGAUGCCUUCAAAAGAGUAGCUAAAAAUUACAAAGCAAAUAAUGAUGGCAAACCACCAAUGUUAAUCCUCGACAACAUAAGUAAGCUGGGUCAGAAAAAUGUGAAAAUGAUAGAGGAUCUGCAGGACCUCGCAAACUCUAUGCUGACCAGUCCAGUUGCAUCAUUGUGUUUGUCAGUAGUGAAGAAACAAGAUCUAACUGACGAAGAGAUACUCACUUACCUCUGCAAACUUAACAUUGAGGAAAAGGACGCCAAUCAACUCAUCAAACUCUUAGGUGACUGGAUUAAAGAUCUCAAGAUAUAUGGUUAUUGGAUAAAAGAAGGCAUGAUAAGAAUUCAUAAAAUAGUGUUCUAUUCUAUCGAAAAUGACUUUCAUCAGACUCAAAUAAUGAAGGGCGAAUUAAAUCAUGCUAUUGGCAAUGUCAUCGUUAAGGAGUUAGUAAAAAAUGAAAAAAUUGAGUAUGAUGAAUUCAUUAAGCUUGUCAAUAACAAAGAAAUAGCCGAUAAACUGAUACAAGCCAAUGUUUUCUCAUAUAAUCUGGAAAACAAUUUCGUCACCUUUCAAUCUCGCACAAAAGAAAUUUUUGUGAAAGAAAAUCUGAGAGGAGUUUUCUCUUACUCAAAGCAAUGA